AUGUCUCGUUGGGGCGACGAGAAAACAUUGCGUUUCAUACGUUUAUACCGCGAACGCGAAUGUUUAUGGAAUACUAGCUCACCAAAUUAUAAAAAUAAACAAGCACGGGAACAUGCCUACCGAAGUAUAUUGACGACAUUCAAUGAUGUCAAUUUAGACUUGAAAAGUGUAAAAACUAAAAUUAAAAAUCUAAGAUCUGUUUAUCAUACUGAAUUGAAGAAAGUAAAAGGAGAUUUGUUAUAUGAAUGUGAGGGGCCAGUUUAUAAGCCUGGUUUAUCGUGGUUCGAUGAAAUGCAUGCCUUUCUCGAAGAUCAGGGUGAGUCGGCGGGUGAGAGUAUAACCAUUGAAGUGUAUUGCAUUAAAUUACCGGAGGCACUCAGAUCAUCAUCUAAUAGCGAGAUUGAACUUAAGCAAGACACAGUAACGACAACCGACAGACAAGCAGAACACAUGACUUUUGAAGCAAUACUGGACCCACACAUAGACCAUGGCAUAACUUUAGAUCCUUUAAAAUACACCGACACAGAUAUAAUUACAAACGAGACAACCAAUCUGCAAACAAACUCUGUAACUCCUUCUUCCUCUAGUCACCAAUCAAUUCGAACACCAAGCAUACGAACAGGCAACCGUAAGAAAAGGCAAUACGACUCAGUCUUUAGUACUUUGCAUCGAUUAGAGAAUAUUGUAUCAAAUAUAGUAAGUACUACGCAAGAACAGAACGUUCAAAUACAAAGAGAAGAUGAAUUCCACAUGUUUGCACUGAGUGUUGCUGCACAGUUGAGGCAGUUGCCGUUGCAUGUUGCUAUAGCAACGCAAAGCAAGAUACAAAGUAUACUAUCAGAGGCUAGGAUAACUUAUAUAUUCUCGAAUACUUCAUCACCACCAUCCGUGACGGUGAAGAAAGAAGAUGCCUCUGAAAAUUAG